CCUCCUUUUCUUGCCUGCAUUACGACAGCUAUUAUUCUGCAUGAACUCUCGAAUCUUUCCUGGGAACCUACCAACUUUCUCUUGUCCGCCUUGCGAGUUGUUGUCAUGUCAAGUUGUUGUUAUAUCAUGCAAACAUGCAGUGCAAAGUACAGCAGGCACUCCAUCCAAACCAAGGUCUUGGAGAUUCUCGAAGUUGACAAAUGGCCCAAUGAUAUCCAGACAGCAAGCCAGGCUAUCAGCCUGGAACCCAACCUCCAAAUUUAUGCUUGCUGCAUU